CUCCUCCUCCCCUGCUCAUCUUGCUCUCUGAGGGAUUUUAACAAACACUUCACCCUUAACAGAUCUUUGAAACGUUUCUCGUGGCAGCCACCAUGGGCAGGCCCCAGCAGCGAUACCGUGGCGUCCGUCAAAGGCAUUGGGGUUCUUGGGUCUCUGAGAUUCGCCACCCUAUAUUAAAGACCCGAAUAUGGCUAGGAACAUUUGAGACGGCAGAGGACGCCGCACGGGCGUACGACGAGGCUGCGAGACUAAUGUGUGGGGCAAAAGCACGGACAAAUUUUCCAUACAAUCCAAACGAGCCUCAGUCCUCUUCUUCAAGGCUUCUCUCAGCUACCUUGGCAGCCAAGCUACAUAAAUGUCACAUGACAGCACUCCAAGCAGCCAAAAAGGGUGCAGCAAAAGAGCCACCAUACACAACAACACAAUGUCAUUCCAUGGCUACAAGCUACAACAUUACCACAAAAAGCGAUGAAAAGGCCUUCUGGGGGCGGCCGGAGAUCAAAUGGGAAUUUGAGGAAGAAAGUUCAGUGGGGAGUUCAGGAGAACAGUCCAUGGUGUUAGAGGAUGAUCAUAUUGAGCAGAUGAUAGAAGAGUUGUUGGAUUAUGGGUCUAUUGAACUUUGUCCUGAUAGUUCAGGCUAAGCCCUUAAAUAUGUAGCAGCAUUUCUUCCUAAAUCUUAAUGCAACCUUCAUUUUCCCUUUCCUGGCUCAAUUGAUCAUGAUGAUUCAUGAAAGAUUGAUUUGCAAAAAGUAGUGUGAAUACAAAUGAAUGAUCGCGAAAAAGGUAAAAUGAAUCCAAAUUCUGGAACUGCAAAAGGUAAUAUGUGAAAUACAAGGUUCAUUACUUUUCUUAAGAUGAAACUCUUUUUACAUUUCUUUUUUCUCUCUCUUUUGGAGCUUUGUUGGAACUUGGAAAUUCCACAUUGCUUUGUUGCUUAUUGGAAGAGGAAUCUUAGAGGAUAUGGAUGUUUCUGGGGUCCCUGAAUUUGUUUUUA